AUGGCAGUCCAGUUUGACGGAGGCGUCGUUAUCGGCGCGGAUAGUAGGACAACAUCCGGAAGUUACAUCGUCAAUCGAGUAACGGACAAGCUAACUUGUGUCCACGAUCUCAUCUAUUGCUGUCGUUCUGGAUCUGCAGCAGACACUCAGGCUAUCGCCGACCUCGUCCACUAUUACCUUCAAGUCCUCACCCAGCAAAACGGGGAGGUGCCAACUGUGCAUAAUGCGGCGCGAAUCUUUGAGAAGUUUUGCUACGAGAACAAAGAUGCUUUAAGCGCAGGAAUUAUCGUCGCAGGUUGGGACAAGGAAGAAGGGCCGAGUGUCUAUAAUAUUCCUCUCGGAGGUGGACUCUUCCGCCAGCCCUGGGCCAUUGGAGGAUCGGGAUCUACGUAUGUUUAUGGGUAUUGCGAUGCGACAUACCGAGAAGGAUGGGGACGAGAAGAGACGAUCGAAUUUGUAAAGAACACUCUGGCACUCGCCAUGUCUCGCGACGGCUCGUCUGGAGGCGUGAUACGGAUGGCGGUUAUCCAAGAGUCGGGAGUAGAGCGUCUUUUCAUCCCAGGUGACAGACUUCCACGGUUCUGGGAGGGCAAAGAGGUUCUCGGCUCCGCGACGGGAGCUCCCAAGGUGCUGCAAAGUGCCCACGGUGCGGUCCCGAUUGAAGUUGAAUAA